UGGUAGCACCUGCUUGUCUUGCCUCUCGAUGUCGGUUAUCCGCCCUGCUCUGUUGUCCAGUCUUCUCGCGCUACUACUGGCGACUUUCCUCGUUCGCUCCCCGUUUGGGGCAUGUCCCACGAUAUCUACCUCGUCGGGGCUGCUGCGCGGUGCGGAAAAGGAUGGGGUCACGAUGUUCAAAGGAGUUGUAAGGCUUCCUCGAUCUCGUCCCUCCGUGCAGGCGAGUGGUGAUCUGUCUAAUCAGCGUUAUGCGCAAGCUCCGAUUGGCAGUCUGCGCUGGGAACCUCCAGUGUCAUUCGUCUCCAAUGCAUCAGUUGACUCGUCGUCUUUCGGUCCAUCUUGUACUCAACAGUUCAUCGGGAAUCAAUCAUUCUUCGAAAGACUGUUCAACGCACCGCCGCUUCUUGAGAGCGAGGAUUGCCUCUUCCUAAACUUAUGGGCACCCACUUCCGGCAACAAUCUGUCAACCGUUUUCUGGAUUCACGGCGGCGGGUUUACCUAUGGGAGUGCGUCUAACCCUCUGUAUGACGGCGAGAGUUUGGCGAGGAACCGCGGCAUCAUUGUCGUCACUAUCAAUUACCGAUUGAAUGUCUUUGGAUUCCCCGCGAGCCCCGAGAUUCCGCUCGAGAAGACCAACCUGGGCUUCUUGGAUCAAGAGCUGGCUCUGAGCUGGGUUCAGCAGAACAUCGCUCAUUUUGGCGGGGACCCCGCGAAAGUGACCAUCAUGGGAGAAUCUGCCGGAUCGUGGUCCGUAAGCGACAUGGUUUCGCGACACACUCCCGAUUCCGCGCCUUUUCGUGGGGCGAUACUACUUUCUGGGCCUCUGAGGCCGGCCGCGGCGCCCCCGAGAACUGCCCAUUCGACGUUCGAUGCACUCUCGGUUGAUCUCGGAUGCCCCAUGGAUGCUGGGCCAGCUAGACUGCGAUGUCUCAAGGACGUACCCGCCUCCGAUAUCAGGACUGCGCUACAUGGGCCAAAGAAUCCGACAUUCAUGCCUGUGGUCGACAAUAUCACAGCGUUUUCGGAUACUGUUGUGCGCCUUCGAAGUGGACUCACAGCGCGCGUACCCGCCAUUAUCGGGCAUACCCAGGACGAUGGGACCAUCAUCACGGCGGGCUUGCUGUCAGAUCCAUCAGAUCCGAUUCCAUUUCUGGACAUCCUUCCACCUGGAAUCUUCUCCCAGGAUCAAGUCCAAAAGCUAUAUCCUGCCUUGAGCAGCGUAGAGAUUCCAGCUGCGGUUGUGAGGGACCUCUUGUUCCUUUGCCCUGCUCAUCUCUGGACGCAGGCCGCCUUGGACGGCGGUCUGAAGGAUGUCUAUCGAUAUGCCUAUGGACCAGUGUUCGACGACCUGCAAGCCUACCCCGGAGCUGGGGCCUGGCACACUUCAGAACUUCCGAUGAUCUUUGGAACCCAUAACCAAACGACGGCCGAGCCCGCUGAGCGGACACUCUCGCAGACGAUGCAGGCCCUGAUCGCAAAUUUUGUCAAGAACCCGACGGAGCCGCCCGCGCCCAACUGGGAGAGACACAACCCUCGUGCGCCGAGACUCGCGAAGCUCGCUUACAACGGGAAUGUCGCAGUGGGCGAUGUGGUCGAGAUGGCGGAUAGCUCUUCCUUUGACGGCCCAUGCGCUUUGUGGGACAGACUCAUUGUUCAGCAGAUUCCCAGGAAUAUAGCAGGGCCGCGACGUCAGCACCUGCUCGUCUCGACUCUCGAUGUCGUUCCCCCGCCCUGCCCUGCUUUCCAGCCUCCUCGCGCUGCUGCUAGCGGCGUUCUUCGUCCGCCGCCCGUUCGGGACACGCCCCGCGAUAUCGACGUCUUCGGGGCUGCUGCGCGGUGCGGAACAGGAUGGGGGAUGUUCAAGGGAGUGGUGAGACUGGCUCGAUUUUGGUGCCCCGUGCUGAAGGAGGCUGAUCUGUCUGCGCAGCGAUAUGCCCAAGCUCCGAUCGGCGGUCUGCGCUGGCACCCUCCAAUGCCAUUUGCCUCGAAUGAAUCGGUCCAAUCGACGUCGCUCGGCCCAUCGUGUAUCCAGCAGUUCAUGGGGAACGGGCCGUUCUUCGAAGGAUUGUUCAACGCACCACCGCUUCAAGAGAGCGAGGAUUGUCUCUUCCUCAAUGUAUGGGCCCCCACCUCCGGCACCAAUCUGUCGACUGUUUUUUGGAUCCACGGCGGCGGGUUUACUUACGGGAGUGCGUCUAAUCUUCUGUAUGACGGCGAGAGCUUGGCGAGGAACCACGGCAUCAUUGUCGUGAGUAUCAAUUACCGAUUGAAUGUCUUUGGAUUUCCCGCGAGCCCCGAGAUUCCGCUCGAGAAGACCAACCUGGGCUUCUUGGAUCAAGAGCUGGCUCUGAGCUGGGUUCAGCAGAACAUCGCUCAUUUCGGCGGGGACCCCGUGAAAGUGACCAUCAUGGGAGAAUCCGCCGGAUCGUGGUCUGUGAGCGACAUGGUCUCACGACACACUCCCGAUUCCGCGCCUUUUCGCGGAGCGAUACUACUCUCAGGGGCUCUCAGACCGGCUGCGUCGCCUCUUGGGACCGGUCAUUUGACAUUCGAUGCGUUUUCGGCCGAUCUCGGAUGUCCCAUGGAUGCUGGGCCCGCUAGACUGCGAUGUCUCAGGGACGUAUCCGCCUCCGAUAUCAGGACUGCGCUACAUGGGCCAAAGAAUCCGACGUUCAUGCCUGUAGUCGACAACGUCACGGCGUUCUCGAAUACUGUUGUGCGCCUUCGAAGUGGACUCACAGCGCGCGUGCCCACCAUUAUUGGACACACCCAGGACGACGGGACGAUCGUCACGGCGGGCCUGCUGUCAGAUCCAUCCAAUCUGUCGGGCUUUCUGGACAUCAUGCUGCCCGGACUCUUCACCCCGGAUCAAGUGCAAAAGCUGUAUCCUGCGCUGAGCAGCGCAGAGAUUCCAGCUGCGGCUGCGAGAGACCUCUUGUUCCUUUGCCCUGCUCAUCUUUGGACGCAGGCCGCCGUGGACGGCGGUCUGAAGGAUGUCUAUCGAUAUGCUUAUGGACCGGUGUUCGACGAUCUACAAGCCUACCCCGGAGCCGGGGCCUGGCACACUUCAGAACUGCCGAUGAUCUUCGGGACCUACAAUGCGACAACAGCUGAACCUGCCGAGCGAAUACUUUCGCAGACGAUGCAGACACUGAUCGCAAACUUCGUGAAGAACCCGACGGAGCCGCCCGCGCCCAACUGGGAGAGACACAACCCUCGUGCGCCGAGACUCGCGAAGCUCGCUUACAACGGGAAUGUCGCGGUGGGCGAUGUGGUCGAGAUGGCGGAUAGCUCUUCCUUUGACGGCCCAUGCGAUUUGUGGGACAGACUCACUGGCCAGUAAGUAACGUGGGAUCAUGAAUCGGGACUACGUAUGCAUGUCGGAAAACGAGCUGCACAUCGGACACGGUGGCUGACUUUCUGGACGUGUGCCAAUCACAACAUACUUCAACUACAAGACUCAUCCGUCUUGCGAACACAGCUGGGAAUCGUACGGUCCAGGGUUCUCGAUUGGGAUAUGCCAUUGACAUAUACUAUUUGUGAAUUGUUGACCAAGGUGUACAAUCUCACGCUUACGCUCAUUAUGAUUCAACAAGUGUCGCGUUUCCAAUCAGGCUCUUAAUCAAAUGCUGCAUCAUGACCAACACCGGCUCAGAAUCAAUCUGUCACACAGAACCAUCGUAUUAUACUAUCAUCGAAGCUGUUCUCAACGAACGUUCUUAGACUUUUAAAACAAGUCGUGCGGGAGGGGAGCAGGUAGUCUCUUCUCGCACUCUCUCUUUCGCCUUCAUGGCACCUUUUCAACUUCAGCCUUCGGAAUAUUUGCUUGCUCUUUUCUUCGGUUCUAUUCUUUAUGGUGUGCUUGAGCCAGCCGCACAUCGCAUUGUGCAAGCUUACAGCCUCGAACAGGAAUACUGUUCACCACAUUCGUCUCAGCGCUCGCGUCACUCGUUCUCGAGCAGGACAAAAAGCGAUUCGAGCUCAAGCGCCGUCAGGAUAUGAGAUUUCCCGUCCUGGUGGCCACCGUCGUGAUGUUCCUUGUCUCGACGCUUGCUGCGGUAUUCUCCAUCCAAAUAGCCAUGGAAGGGUUUGUCAAGUAUACCGGCCCCGGUGGGCCCUCGUAAUUCUUCAACAGCAACGGGUCCGGGUCUAGGCAGCGGAUGAUCUUGCUGACCAAUGGGACCCAGAUCUUUGUUGGAGAUGGACUCAUCAUUUAUCGAUGCUACGUGUUGCAUGCUCACAAUUGGAAGAAGAUUGCGGUUCCGCUCGUCAGUUACCUCCUGCUCACUGGUAUCAUUCUCUCCUCCAAGUGCUACCGGGCUUCUACUCAUCAGUGGUAACCUUGCAGUGGCUGAGCUGUGCGCCUUGGCUGUUCUGAUCCUACCGCCCGGGAGGCCAUCGAACGGUCCCACCGUGUUCAUCCUGAUCUUGAUGGUGUUGCUGUUGACGUGUGUUACAAGUGUCUCCACGACAUUCCUGAUUGUGCGGCGACUCCGCUCAGUCGACGCCGGCACAAGCUCUGUGCCACAGCAGCUUCUCACCCGCGUGGCCCGAAUGUUUUUUGAAACAGGAUUGAUCUACACCCUUGCUCUAGUCGCAUCUUUGGUCGUAUAUCUCUCCGGACUUCUCUCCGGAGGGCACUUAGAGUUCAUAGACGCUCUCUGCAUGACACAUAUUAUUGUAGGUCGUCAAUCCCAAACGGCUCGUAAUCGCAGGCCAAGGAGUGAAAGCUGAAACAUCCCCCCAGCCAAUUACUUGCAAUCUAUUACUGAUCAGGGUGCGAGGCGCACAAUCGGAUGCCAACAAGGAGGACGGAGCAGACAUAGAAAGGAACGCGCAUCCGUGAAAUGUUCUGUGAGAUUGAAUCCUCGAUAUUCGAACUCACAUUUCAGCCACAAGAGUCGAUGACGAGUCUUACACAUACUGGAUUACGUGGCCAUAACUGUUGCCCUUAUGCCAAUGGUUCCGGAGCAAUUGGCACUCAUGUACAUACUUGUAACAUAUUCAGUCAUUCCAUUCCUGUUUUGUCUUGUAACUGAAUCAGAGGCUUUGAUUCAAUGCUGCGUGAAUCACUUGACCAA